AUGACGAUCGGGCUGGAUCUCUCUGCAGCUUCGAACCAUCCGGGCGCUCCUGGUAGCGCAUUCGGGACCGAGAUCGACUCCUCCGAAGCGUCAUGGACGUCACAUUUUGACGACACCAAAACAGUGGCAACCAUGACAGCCACGACAGGAACGGGUUCUAACCCAUCUCCCACGCCUCCUCCACAAAUAGACGAUAUUUCCGUCGGGCAACGAAUGAUAUCUGCGACGUUUGGAAACAUUUUGACGGGACUCCUCGUCACCCCUUUAGAUGUCGUUCGAGUUCGUUUGCAAUCUCAAUCCCAAGUCGUCAACCUCUCGCCGUAUACCUCGCACACCACUCAGACUCUGAAAAACCUUCCUCCGAACAUUGGGAUUACAGCUUGCUGCCGUGAAGUGUUUUGGGUCGGAGACAAUGCGCAGAUGUGUAUGUUGGGUCCAAAUGCCGCCGCUAUUGGACCACAGGCACACCCAGGGAUCGACUGUGCGGUUGAAGAAUCGCAACGGCGGACGUUCACAUCGACAUUUGACGGAUUAAGGAAGAUUGCGAGGAAUGAAGGAUUCACGACAUUAUGGCGUGGCCUGAGCCCAACUCUCAUGAUGGGCAUUCCCGCCAACAUUAUUUACUUUGCCGGCUACGACUGGUUGCGCACAGAUGACCGGAGUCCGAUCAAACAGGGAGUGUCGGAUAUGUAUGCGCCGGUCGUGGCAGGCUCGAUAGCACGGACAGCUGCCGCAUCGGCGACAAGUCCGGUCGAGAUGUUCAGGACGCGUCUCCAGGCGACUCCGGGAACGGGCGCUGGUCACUUCAAGGCGACCUUGGAGGGGCUUUAUCAGAUGACGCAGGCGAGGGGGUACACCUCCCUCUGGCGAGGAUUGUCGCUCACGAUGUGGCGUGAUGUACCCUUUUCGGGACUUUACUGGUGGGGCUACGAAGAGGUGAAGAAGGGUCUUGUAUCAGCGCGGCAGCAUGCGCCGCAUCUUUCCGGCUCUGAUCUGGAGACAACCUCCUCCGCCACGGCGUUCCUUGAUAGCUUCAUCUCCGGUGCAACCUCGGGCGCAGUUGCAGCUUUGGUGACAACACCGUUCGAUGUGGGCAAAACUCGUCAGCAAGUCUUCCGGCAUAUGGACGAUCAAGUCCCAAGUUCGACACCGCGUCCCGCUCAUCCUCCCAAAGCCGUCGUUCCCGAACAGCUGUCUCUCCCGAGAUUUCUGCUUCAUAUUUUCCGCGAAGAAGGUAUAAAUGGUCUCUUCCGUGGCUGGGCCGCGCGCUGCCUAAAGGUUGCGCCCGCCUGUGCCAUCAUGAUUUCAACCUAUGAACUCGGAAAGCGUAUGGCGCGGGAUGUGAACGAACGACGACACCUAGAGAACUCUUGA